AUGCGUCUAUUAGAAGGCAACAAUAACGAUGCGUCCGAUCCACUCAUUCUAACCUAUGGAAGACCGUUCACCAUGAAAUCCGUUCAUGGAAGAAUGCUCACUUUCAAUACUCAUGAAUAUUCAGCAAAGACUUUCUUGAACGCCUUUGUUCAAAUCUCUGCUUCUGAAAGCAGCAGCUCUGUAAAGCCUUCAGGAGGUGCCUUGAUGGGAGCUACCUCUCAUAUUGAUGCUUCCACUGUGAAGGAUUACGUAAAGACUGUGUACGAGAAUGCUUCAUCGCCAUCUCAUUAUGGUGUGUUUGUCAUGCAACCUGCGAAUAGCAAAAUUAGCAAGACAAGCCCAGUGUGUUAUGGUCAGAUUGUUCAUAUUUACUUUGUGAGAGAUCAAGAUCAAAAAAAGGAGAGUUGUGGAAAGUAUCUCAUCAUUAAUGGUAACUUUCCUCAAUUGGGAUUUGUUGGUGAUGGCGAUCAUCAAAAUCUAGAACCAAUUGCUGUCUCUGCAAUCAAGACUCUUCCAAAUGAGGAGUUGCAAAACUUCCCAGUUCGAAUUGGUGAAGAUAUUGGAUUGAAGAGAGUUGUUUGUAAUCAAUUAGAUCAAUUCUACUUGUCAUGUAGAAAGGCCAAUAAUAUUUGCCAACGAAACAAAUCAACCAACUUGGCAGCAUGGGAAAAGUUUACCUUGUGCUUUGAGAAUGGAAAAUCAGUACAACCUUCAGAUCGUGACAGAUUGCUAAACUCUCUCUACAGUGAGACUACCUAUUUGAGAGAUAUAACCAUCAUUAUCAGCUUUAGAAAUCAAUUCAAGAAGGCUGUGCCAAAAGAGAACAUUCCAACUGAGGAUGAGCUCAAAAAUAUUAUAGAGAAUGAAAUUGGAUUUCCAACUGAGGAAGUUUCAUAUAUUGACUCGAUGAAUGAUUGGAUGGUUGAGGAUCAAAUGGAUGACGAAGAAAUCGAGGAACCAAGCACCUCCUCACUGGGUGAAGCUCAAAAAGAAUAUGAAACACCAAAGGUUUUGCAGAAUGAUAACAAGGAGAAGAAGAUCUUCACCAAGUACGCCAAAGUGGUUUUCAAAAAGAAAUCACACAGAGAUUUGUUGGGAGACAUCUUUUUGUACGAAAUUACAAAAUCUCUCCUCAUCAAAUGCAUGAUUCCAAAAGACUUUGCAAAGAAUUUGAAAAAAUAA